AUGCCGGACCUGGCGACCCACCGCGACGGCGUCGCCUUCGCCUUCACGGCCUCCACCUGCCACGGCGCCGUCCGCCUGCGCGCGUCCGGGCGGCGCACGCUGGCCGCCGACCUCCACGAGCACCAGCUGUUCGUCCACCUCGUCCUCGACCGCGGCGGCCGCCGCGUCCUCAUGGGCAACAAGGGCGGCAGCGCCGCCGAGUUCCUGGGCAUGGAGCCGCGCAGGAGGGCCGAGGCCGUCGCGCGCAUCGUGGCGAGGGCCCGGUUGCCGCCGGAGUGCGCCGAGGCCGUGGAGCGGCUGUGCGUGGCCUCGGCGGCGUGCGGGCGGGAGAAUGCGUGCGACGACGUGACGGUUGCCGUGGUCUGGAAGCCACGCGCCGGAGUGGGAACGGGGGACGCCGCCGGCGCAAAUCUUCCGUCACAUGCGUCGUCCUCCGCGUUGAGAUUCUCUAAUUUGACUUGGUUGCUCGGCUACAGCUAGGUCCAGCACGCUUGUGAUACAUCGCCGAUUCUUAGUUUUAUUUGGACGUGUAAAAUUCCAGCUGACCCUUAUAUGAUCAACUGUGCAUAUGUAAGCCUAAUCAACCUGAUAGUUUCAGAUACCACAGCUUCAGCUACAAGCUACGGCACUCUGUCUCAUCGUCCAAAGCAGCAAAGACCACAAACACACAACAAGCACAAUCAGGAAAUUAUACAGGAGAUAUGACGAGGCGAAAGAUGGUGAAGCAACCAACCAAUAUGAUACCAUAUCGGUAGCUUCUGCUACUGAUGCAACCAGUCAAUCACAAAACGGCACACAGUCUCAUCGCCCAAAGCAGCAA